AUGGCCUCCAGACCGACCGUCACCAUCUUGAGCGCCGAUGGCUCUGCCACCGGCUCGACUCACACCAUCCCCGAGGUGUUCCUGAGCCCCAUCCGCCCUGAUAUCGUCCAGGAGGUUCACAAGGGCAUGGCCAAGAACAAGCGUCAGCCGUACUCCGUCAGCGAGAAGGCUGGUCACCAGACCUCUGCUGAGUCCUGGGGAACUGGCCGUGCUGUUGCCCGUAUCCCUCGUGUCUCUGGUGGUGGUACCCACCGUGCUGGUCAGGCUGCUUUCGGUAACAUGUGCCGUUCUGGUCGCAUGUUCGCUCCCACCAAGAUCUGGCGCAAGUGGCACGUCAAGAUCAACCAGGGCCAGAAGCGAUUCGCUACUGCCUCUGCUCUUGCCGCCUCCGCCGUUCCUCCUCUGCUACUUGCCCGUGGCCACCAGAUCUCUUCCGUCCCCGAGGUUCCUCUGGUAGUCGACUCCGCUGCCUUCGACGGCGCCGCAUAUGCCAAGACUGCUGCUGCCCUCACUCUGCUGAAGGCUGUUGGUGCUGGCCCCGACCUGGAGAAGGUCAAGGGCUCCAAGAAGCUCCGUGCCGGAAAGGGUAAGCUCCGUGGUCGUCGCCACCGCCAACGCCGCGGUCCUCUGGUCAUCUACGACCCCGAGGUCGAUGGCAAGGAGCUCGUCAAGGGUUUCCGCAAUGUCCCCGGUGUCGAGACCUCUUCCGUCUACAGCCUGAACCUGCUCCAGCUCGCCCCUGGUGGUCACCUGGGCCGCUUCGUCAUCUGGACCUCUGCUGCUUUCAAGGCUCUUGACACCGUGUACGGCACCACCACCACCCCCUCCACCCUCAAGAAGGACUUCCUCCUGCCUUCCAAUGUUGUCUCUCAGGCCGACCUCACCCGUCUGAUCAACAGCUCCGAAAUCCAGAGCGUCCUGCGCGGACCCAAGGGCGAGGCGAGAACGAAGCGUGGCUCUGUCCAGAAGAAGAACCCGCUCAAGAACAAGCAGGUUCUGCUCCGCCUGAACCCCUAUGCCGGUGCUUUCGCGAAGGACAAGGUUGGCCAGCAGAAGCUGAACACCGAGAAGCCCAAGGCUCUGCCCCAGGGCUUCAAGGAUCUUCUCAACGAGUAA